AUGCGCAUCGGAAGCAUUGCCCUCGCUCUGUCCGCCGUCUCUGCCGCGGCAGCGUAUGACCACCCCAGCAAGGUCCGCCGUGGUGAGAAGCCCGACGGCAAAGUCGCACCUGGCACCACGGACCAGUGCACGUACUACUUUACCACCUCAUCCCAAGAUGACACCUGCAGCUUCAUUGAGGGCUACUGGGGCAUCAGUCACGCCAACUUUGUGGCCUGGAAUCCCGCCGUCAAGGAUGACUGCUCCGGCAUCGAGGUUGGCUAUUCCUACUGCGUCGACGUCAACAACGGCGGCACCAUCACGUCGCCGCCCACGUCGACGCUUCCGCCCGCGCCGUCGCCCACGCUCGACGGCAUCGACAAGGACUGCGACAAGUACCACCUCAUCGUCAAGGGCGACACCUGCGACAGCGUGACCGCAAAGUACGGCAUCAGCAUGGAUCAGUUCACCGCGUGGAACAAGGCCGUGGACAAGGACUGCGCCGGCUUCUGGGCCGCGUACUACUGCUGCGUGCACGUCGCCGGCGCCGGCACCACGUCGCCCGGCGCGACACCCACCAGCGAUCCAGUGCCCACGCCGCACCAAACCGGCAUCACCAAGGACUGCGACAAGUUCUACAAGGUGGUCAAGGGCGACUCGUGCGACAGCGUGACGGGCAAGUUUGGCAUCUCCAAGGACCAGCUCAUCAAGUGGAAUUCGGCCAUUGACAAGGACUGCAACGGCUUCUGGGCAGAGUACUACAUUUGCGUGCACGCGGCCGGCGCCAGCACCACCUCCCCGGGCACGACGCCCACCAAAGACCCGGUGCCCACCCCGCACCAGACGGGCAUCACCAAGGACUGCAACAAGUACUACCAGGUCGCCAAGGGCGAUACGUGCGACAGCGUCACGGAGAAGUUCGGCAUAAGCAAGGCUCUCCUGGUCAAGUGGAACACGGCCAUUGACAAGGACUGCAACGGCUUCUGGGCCGGCUACUACAUCUGCGUUAAGACCAAGGGCUUCACGCCGACCUCGACGCCCAGCAAGCCGACAUCGACCGGCCCGACGGCGCCGGGUCCCACGCAGACGGGCAUCACCAAGGACUGCCGCGACUGGUACAUUGCCAAGUCGGGCGACUACUGCGACAAGAUUGUCCAGGGCUACUCCAACUUUGACAAGAACACCUUCAUCAAGUGGAACCCCGCUGUCGGCAAGGACUGCUCCGGCAUAUGGGUCAAGUACGCCUACUGCGUCGGCACCAAGAGCAAGCCUGCCAAGCCCGUCAAGCCCCCGACAGAGUGCAAGACGCCGCACCCCACGCCCACGCAGCCGGGCGCCAUCUGCAAAUGCAAAAAAUGGCAUCUCAUGAAAGACGGCGACAACUGCUGGUCGCUCGCCCAAAAGUACGGGGUCAAGGAGAGUAGCAUCAAGAAGUGGAAUGUCGGCACCGACUGUAAGCUCUGGGCCAAGUAUAACGUCUGUGUCGGUGCAUAG